CGAAGUCAGUGGCAAAAUCAUGAAGACAGAAUCUUGCGAAUCACAGCCUACUGAUCAAAUGCAACUUCAGCCAUCACAGCCAAGUGUCACCUCCUCAGAGGCAUGUGGAAGCUCAUCUGAGACUGGUGAUAUUGGACUUGUAGAUAUUCUUCGUUCAGAUCAACUUGCCUCUUGCCCAAUCUUGGUGACCACUCGCCCAUGGAGAGCAGUAGAGAUUAGAUCAGAUGGUGAUCUAAUGAAGCUCUAUACAUUCAUUCAUAUUGAGGGUUUCAGCAGAGAGAAUUUGUCAGUUUACAUUCACAAAUACUUUCCAAAGAAUGAUGAUAAAGCAAAUCAGCUUAUCCAGUUCAUCGGUGGGAAUGAUGUCCUAUCUGAAAACAUGGCUCACUAUCCUAUAUAUGUAGCCAUGCUGUGUCUUAUGUGGAAAGAACUUGACAAGCAAAAACUAAAGAAAAUGAAAUCACUGAAAACUUUUUCUCAGAUAUUCAAAGAAAUGAUUGCCUUUCUAAAAGAACAUUAUGCUCAGAAAGAGGUUAAGAAAGUAGGCAGCCCCUCACUUAUUGCCCAUUUGAAAAAAAUUGAUGAGGACCUUGUACCUAUUGCCAAACAGGCCCUCAAUGGUUUGCUAGAAAAUACUUUGAUUUUCAGUGAAGAUGAUUUUGAAAUAUGCCCAGAAUCCAAGGACACUGCAUGUCGGGUUGGAAUUUUGUCUCAAGAGGAGAGAAUUGCCACCACUAACACGGAUACACAUGAGAGGCAUUCUCAUGUGCAAUUGCCAGUCUUCUUCCCUCACAAACUGUUUCAGGAGUACAUGGCUGGAGUCCACCUUGCUUCCCUAUAUGAAUCAGAUCCUAAUGAAUUCAACAGGCUGAUGGAGCAAGUAGUGCUGCCAAGAUACAAGGAGUUUAGGUAUCUCCUGUACUUCACUGUGUCACAGAACAAAAGUAUUGCAUCCCAUGUAAUGAAGUCUAUGCUUCGGAAAGUAUACAGGAAUAUUCCUUUCAUUGUUGAUGUAGCCUUUGAGAGUCUGGACCCAGAUGUAGCAGCCUUGGUGAAGGACAGGGAUUCAUCAGUGGAGACUGUGCUGAUCGUGGACACACCUAUGACAGCACACACUGUAGCUGGGUAUGCAUUCAUUGGUCCAUAUCUGGUUAAACUCUGGAUUCAGAGAAAUUGUGGACCUUCUGUGUCACUUGAUGUUGCAGAGAUGAUAUGCUCAAUUCCAUCCUUGAUGGUAGUUUCUCUUCAAGGUGAAUUCCAUCAUUGUUUUUUUGCAACACUUGCAAUGAAAGGAAAAGAAUCAAAGGUCAAGACCCUUGAGCUUAAUUAUGUCAAAUGUCCCACAUCAGCCUCAUUGCAUCAUCUAGUAGAAGCACUUUGUUCUAUGCCAAACCUGACUGACCUGAUACUUGGAAUGUAUCUCAAUGAGGAGUUCUUCUCUUCAUUGAAAGCACAGGCAUCAUCCAUACAGGUCAAGACUCUCGAGCUUUAUAAUGUCGGGUUUCCCACACCAGCAUCAUCACAUCUAGUAGAAACACUGUGUUAUAUGCCAAACCUGACUGACCUGACACUUCCAAUGGAUCUGGAUGAGGAGUUCUACUGUACAUUGAAAGCAAAUGCAUCAUCCAUACAGGUGAAGACUCUCAAGCUUCAUGCUGUCAGGUUUCCCACACCAGCAUCAUCACAGCUCCUAGCAGAAGCACUGUGUUAUAUGCCAAACCUGUCUGACCUGACACUUGAAACGGAUCUCAAUGAGGAGCCUGAGGAGUUCUUAUCUUCAUUGAAAACACAUGCAUCAUCCAUACAGGGUUGUUUUCCUCAGAUAAGAAAGGGAAACUUCAGGUUCAAUGGAAUUGCUCAAGAUGACUUGAACUCAUUUCUUCACACCCUCUCAAGCUUGUGUGACUCGGAUGACUCGAGUAUCUCGGACGGCUCAAAUGACUCGGAUGUCUUGAGUGUCUCGGAUGGCUCAAAUGACUCGGAUGGCUUGGCUGACUUGGCCAACAUCAGUGUUACCACUGAUGUACAAUCUCCAAGAAGGACAUCACCACCAUCAGACCACCCUCAACAGCAACCCAUGGGUGAUGUACACUCUCCAAGAAGGACAAUACCUUCAUCAGAUCACCCUCAACAGCAUGUUGGCAAUACAUCAGAUGCUGUAUGUCAAUUCUCUCAGACACACAGAGAAGGUAGCAGUAGUCAGAGCAGACCUUACAAGAGGCAAGCUCCUUCUACUCAGUCAAGAGUUCCACAGGAUGAUCCUGAAAUUCCAGGAAAGCAAUCGAAAGUAUGAAGUCUAAUUGCUAUGGUAUUGGUAGUAGAGUAAGACAGUGUCCCAGUGGUAACACUUCAUCUUGACUUUGUGUAUGUAUGAUACAGGGCUCCACACUAACUUCUUUUUUGGAAAAGAGGUUCAGAUUUAACUUUUUACACUCUGUAUGCAUGAGUCCUAAGAAAAAUCUUCAAAAUUCCGGGGUCCAGCCCUAGAGUUUUGGCUGUCCAUGUGUCCUGGUUAGCCUGUGGGUUUUGAGUCCUGGUCUGAUAGCAAGAAAUUUGGGGUAAAAAGGGGCAAUUUUCUGCAAUAUUUGCAAAAAUUUGAAUAUUAUUGAAAACGCUGUGUUCUUCUUUUUCACCUUGAUGAGUACAGUCCACUUUUUGGUGUUAACUUUACGAGAUAGAGAACAUUAUAUUGUCACAAUGUUCUAAUACCUGUGAAAGGCCCAUGUAGAAAGUGAUACCAAAAUUGGAUACGUGUUGUAAAUGUGUACUCAAAAGGCCCAAAACAGAGUUGCAUCAUGGGCCCAUUGUGUACCUGUUUAUGCAGAAAAGGGUAUCGUUCUGUAGAAAAUGUUUUUGAAAAUACUCUUAAUAGGGGUCCUUUUGGACUUGGCUAUGAUCAUGUAUUAUGCAUACAUAGAAGGUGACAACACCAGGGAAUAGUAGUUUUAACGAUAAUAAUAGUGGCUUCUGAUAUAUUGCACACGCCCGUUGCGCCAUGACCCUCCUUGCACUCAAACAUUAUUACUCUGGUCCUAGGCAGCGGCCAAAUAUGUGGCGCUUUGGCAUAUCGGUGCCCAUUAAUACCUGGGUGGAGAGUGGCAAAUGUGGAUUAAUACCUUGUCAAGGAUGUUAGAGCUGGGUUAGCUGGGAUUUGAACCCUCAACCCUUGGAUUGAGUCAAGUAAGUGAACUACUAUACCAGCUUACCACUCAUAAUGGAGGAUGUAAUUACUUGCACUGUAUUUUAUUGAUAUACCAGCUCUUAAUGCCAUCAUGUCAACUAACCACUCAGAAUUGAGGAUGUCGUUACUUGCAGGGUAUUUGUUUGAUGAAACUAUGAUUGAAUAAAUUCUGAAAUAAUUUGUUUGAUUUAUCACCAGAAACGACUCCAGCUAAAGAACUAUAUUCCUUUACCGGUAUCUAUAUUGUCAGCUAACCGCACACAAUUUAGGUUGGUUUCAAACCCUUAACACUGGGAUUGAGUCAAGUGAGUGAACCACUACACCAACUCUUGCUAUCAUUUCAACUAACCACUCACAAGGGAGGAUGUACUAACUUGCACGGUAUUUGAUAAAAAUAUAAUUAAAUAAAGUCUGAAAUGAAUUGUUUGAUUUAUCACCAGAGAUGCCCCAGCUAAAAAACUAUUGUUUUAUCUACAUUGUCAACUAACCGCACACAAUUGAAGAUUUAGUUUUCUGCACAACAUACAAGUGCUGUUCGGUGGUUAAUGUCUAUCAGCUAGACUCCCAGUACACAAUAUCAUCAUGAUAUAGAAUGAGUGAAGAUUAUUUCUGUGUUUUCACUUUUUUCUGCUCUAAGCGUUCCUGCAUUUUGAUCACAGCGCUCUUCCUGAAAUCAUUUGUUAAAUUGAAGCCCAUGUUUAAUAAAGCUGAAAUGAAUAACAAAUAAGUCAAUCAUACAUUAGACAGCUUUAAUAUAAUG